AUGUCUGCAGCACCCGGCCGCACCCCACUGGAAUCCGAAGUCAAAUGUCUGCUGUUUGCUGAUGAUCUGGAUCAGUGGAGCCUGACUCUCUCUGUCCCUGCAGUGUCCAGAUCCCGGCUCAGCACUGCUCCAGGUCCCAGCUGUCAUCACCCUGCGACCCUGCCCUCUGCAGCCAGCAGUGAUGUCAUCACCCUGCAUCCCCUGCCCUCUGCAGCCAGCAGUGAUGUCAUCACCCUGCAUCCCCUGCCCUCUGCAGCCAGCAGUGAUGUCAUCACCCUGCAUCCCCUGCCCUCUGCAGCCAGCUGUGAUGUCAUCACCCUGCAUCCCCUGCCCCCUGCAGCCAGCUGUGAUCCCCCACCAAUCACCACCCUCACUGCUGCAGCCCCACCACUCACCACCAUCACUGCUUCAGCCCCCACCAAUCACCACCCUCACUGCUGCAGCCCUCACCACUCACCACCCUCACUGCUGCAGCCCUCACCACUCACCACCCUCACUGCUGCAGUCCCCACCAAUCACCACCCUCACUGCUGCAGCCCCCACCACUCACCACCAUCACUGCUGCAGCCCCCACCACUCACCACCCUCACUGCUGCAGCCCUCACCACUCACCACCCUCACUGCUUCAGCCCCCACCACUCACCACCCUCACUGCUGCAGCCCCCACCACUCACCACCAUCACUGCUUCAGCCCCCAAGACUCACGACCAUCACUGCUUCAGCCCCCACCACUCACUACCAUCACUGCUUCAGCCCCCACCACUCACCACCCUCACUGCUUCAGCCCCCACCACUCACCACCCUCACUGCUUCAGCCCUCACCACUCACCACCAUCACUGCUUCAGCCCCCACCACUCACCACCCUCACUGCUGUAGCCCCCACCACCCUCCACCCUCACUGCUUCAGCCCCCACCACUCACCACCAUCACUGCUUCAGCCCCCACCACUCACCACCCUCACUGCUGUAGCCCCCACCAAUCACCACCCUCACUGCUUCAGCCCCCACCACUCACCACCCUCACUGCUUCAGCCCUCACCACCCUCACUGCUCCCCCACCACUCACCACCCUCACUGCUUCAGCCCUCACCACCCUCACUGCUUCAGCCCCCACCAAUCACCACCAUCACUGCUGCAGCCCUCACCAAUCACCACCCUCACUGCUGUAGCCCCCACCACUCACCACCCUCACUGCUGCAGCCCCCACCACUCACCACCAUCACUGCUUCAGCCCCCACCACUCACCACCAUCACUGCUUCAGCCCCCACCACUCACUACCAUCACUGCUUCAGCCCCCACCACUCACCACCCUCACUGCUUCAGCCCCCACCACUCACCACCCUCACUGCUUCAGCCCCCACCACUCACCACCAUCACUGCUUCAGCCCCCACCACUCACCACCCUCACUGCUGUAGCCCCCACCACCCUCCACCCUCCACCCUCACUGCUUCAGCCCCCACCACUCACCACCAUCACUGCUUCAGCCCCCACCACUCACCACCCUCACUGCUGUAGCCCCCACCAAUCACCACCCUCACUGCUUCAGCCCCCACCACUCACCACCCACACUGCUGCAGCCCCCACCACUCACCACCCUCACUGCUGUAGCGCCCACCACUCACCACCCUCACUGCUUCAGCCCUCACCACCCUCACUGCUCCCCCACCACUCACCACCCUCACUGCUUCAGCCCCCACCAAUCACCACCAUCACUGCUGCAGCCCUCACCACUCACCACCCUCACUGCUGUAGCCCCCACCACUCACCACCCUCACUGCUUCAGCCCUCACCACUCACCACCCUCACUGCUGUAGCCACCACCACUCACCACCCUCACUGCUUCAGCCCCCACCACACUCCCCCUCACUGCUUCAGCCCCCACCGUCACUGCUUCAGCCCCCACCACUCUCCACCCUCACUGCUUCAGCCCUCACCACUCUCCCCCUCACUGCUGCAGCCCCCACCACUCACCACCAUCACUGCUUCAGCCCCCACCACUCACCACCUUCACUGCUUCAGCCCUCACCACUCACCACCCUCCACCGUCACUGCUUCAGCCCUCACCACUCACCCCCUUCAAUGCUUCAGCCCUCACCACCCUCACUGCUUCAGCCCCCACCACUCUCCCCCCUCACUUCAUUCAGCCCCCACCACUCACCCCCUUCAAUGCUUCAGCCCUCACCACCCUCACUGCUUCAGCCCCCACCACUCUCCCCCCUCACCGCUUCAGCCCCCACCACUCUCCCCCCUCACUGCUUCAGCCCUCACCACCCUCACAGCUUCAGCCCGCCAAUCUCCAACCCCCCCACCAACACCACCCCCACCAUGCUCCAGCCUCCCACCCACCAACACUGUCCUUCUUUCCCACUUCCACAACAACUCCUCUGGGCUCCUGAGUCCCGUCAGAAAGGCUUUCCUUCAAAGAGACCCACAGGUGCCAACCAAUGGGAGCCUGAGAACGGGGGCGCCACAUGACAAAAGGGCAGCCAAUCCAAUAACCCCACAGAUGUGCACUUCCUGGAGGGAAAUCUGA